CGGAGCGGAAGCACGUCAGCGCGCUUCCGGCGGGCGUGGGCGGGGCUUCGCGCUCCUUCCCGGGAUACCUGCGGACGCAUGGCAGCAAACACUCUUGGAGGAACAACGCCCAGAAAACCUGUCUUAUCUGUCAGUGCGAGAAAAAUUAAGGACAAUGCCGCUGAUUGGCAUAAUUUAAUCCUGAAAUGGGAAACCCUUAAUGACACAGGUUUUGCUACCGCAAAUAAAAUUGCCAACCUGAAAAUCAGUUUAUGGAGUGAAGACAAGACAGAGUUACAGAGCAGCAGCCCGACUUCCAGGGAAGAUGCGGACAAGAGGCUUCCAGAAUAUAGCAAGGAGCUGGAGGCACUGUGUGAGGAGCUGCAGACCACCUACGAUGCUUUGGCCAAAAUCCAGAUGAAAAUGGAAAAGCUGUCUUCGACCACCAAGGGGGUUUGUGAGCUAGAGGACUACCAUUACAGGGACGGGAGGCAUCGCCCUCCCCUGUUUCACACAUGGCCCACAGCCUAUUUCUAUGAGGUUUCCCGAAAGCUCUCCGACAUGUACCAGAAGGAGCUUCUCCUGAAGCGCACGGUCAUUGAGGAGCUGGCUCACACCACGGACCACGACCUCACCCUGAGCUACUUGUCCAUGUGGCUGCACCAGCCCUACGUGGAGACCAGCAGCAGGCUGCUUCUGGAAAGCAUGCUGCUCGAAACGGGGCACCGAGCCCUGUGACCUCCCAGCUCUGGACCGCUGGCUGCUUCUGUGGCUCCCGUGGUGGUCCUGUAAGACCCGGGGCUGGGGCAUGGCCACCCGCAGACCUUGGCACCUUCCAGGCUGGGUCACUUCAGCAGCUCCCUGUCGCCUCUCCAGGCGGCGUGCUGCUGGGAGUGUCUGCCACGCAACGUCAUCGGCGCCUAUCAUGAAUCUGUCACCCAAAAGGACUUCUACGUGAAAUAAAUGAGUGCUCAACAGAA